AUGCCGCGAUUUAAUCGACGGGAACAGCUGCCGCUCCACAUCAAACGCGCCAUUUGCGCGCACCACCUCGAACACCCCGUCCUGCGCCAUGUCGACCUAGCUCGAUGGUGUUUCUCCCAGUACGGGUUGCGCCCGGAUCGCUCUACGAUCGGCCGCAUCCUAAAAACCGCCGAGCGAUGGGAUGUGACGUCCGACGGCGCCAACCCGGUGCGCCGUCGGGCAGGCGCCUGGCCAGAGCUGGAGCAGGCCAUGGGGCGGUGGAUAGCAAACGCAGGACCCGCCGGUGUGCCCCUCACACUCCAAACCAUCCGCGACCAUGUCGCGGCGAUGGCCAGGAACAUGGGCAUUCCGCCCACCUUCCGAUGCUCGAUCGGCUGGGUGCGCCGUGCAUUGCGGCGCCAGGGCGUGAGAUGCCGUGCGGCACAGGGCGAGGCCGCCAGCGCAGAUAUGGCGGCCGUGCGCGACGCCCGUGAGAAGAUGCCGCGACUCCUCACGCAGCUCGGCGUCGCCCCGCGGGACACCUUCAACCUCGACGAGACUGCUCUCUGGCUGUCGGUGCUUCCGCGGCGCACGUACAGCAGCGGCCGCAUACCAGGCCGCAAGGUCUCGAAGGAGCGAUUGACCGUCGCAUUCCUCGUGAAUGCGGACGGUAGCCAUGCAUUCCGGCCGCUUGUGAUAAGCAAGGCGAAGAGGCCGCAUGACUUCCGGCCCGACUAUGACCCUGAGGCGCUAUGCUACUGGCGCCAUAACGCCAAAGGCUGGAUGACCUCGCCUUUAUUCACGCAUUUCAUUACUCAUCUCAACGCGGCGAUGUUUGCCGAGGGUCGCAAAAUAGUGGUGCUGCUGGACAACGCGAGCAGCCACAUGCUGCGCGCCGUAGAUGCAUGGAGCGAGAUCGUGUGCGGCGUCAGGACCACGUGCAUGAGCCACGUGCGGCUUGUCUUCCUGCCGCCCAAUACCACGGCAUUCACUCAGCCGCUUGACCAGGGCAUAAUCGCCACCGCGAAGGCCCGCUACCGCCAGCAUUGGCUGCGGGCCUUCUCGGGUUUAUGGAACGCCGACGGAGCGACUUCCGCGGUCGCUCGAUUCCGGCCGAAUCUGCGAGAUGUGCUCGAGUGGCUGUCGGAGUCGUGGACCUCCGUCGGCGCGCGCACCAUUCAACGAUGUUGGUGGCGCACGGGGUGUCUUCCCCUCUCGUGGUCACUGGAGCUGCCGCACGUGCAUGACGACGAGCCCAUCCCCGCAGCUUAUCCCGACAUCGAACUCGACGAUGACAUCGAUGAUGUCGGGACGCUUAUUAACACGCUCGACCUCGGGAAUGCGGCAAUGACGGCGGCGGAAUACGUCGCCAUCGACGACGCGGAGCCCACGUGUGCGGAAGGCACGGCACACCCGCCCGUGACAGAGGAGGAGAUGCGCUCGGAGGUGGAGCUCUGGCAGGCGCCGACGACCAUGCAGGCCGUUUACGACGACGCCGACCCCGUGUGCCGUGAAGCGCGCCGCACUGCUCGUGCGGCGUGCGAGAUGCUCAUCGGCUACGCCCGGGCCACCCGCAUCACUCCGCGCGAUCUGUGCGCUCUUUUCGACAUCCGCAAUCCAAUCAUAAUCGCGCGGAUGGAGCGGGCGAGCCCGGGAUUCAAUCUCAACGUGGCGCCGCAGCCCGUACCCUCCCCCGGCGCAACCCCCACUCCCGAGACACCUCGUCCGCGGGGCCGUGUGCUGCCCGACUGGAUGACCCGCCAGUCCCGCCGUCAGCAGCUGCUUGAUGCCGGGGUGGGCGCCGUGAUGGACGGCUAUGUGGAUGCAGCGGAAUGGAUGCGUCUGUGA